ACCGAUUUGUGAAACAAGUACUAGUAGGCACUGGCACGGGCCGGCAAAUGUUGAUUUACUAGCCGGUAAAUGUUGAUGCGCUAGUAUCGAACAGCUCGGCCAGGUGCGCCGUAGCGAACGAAGAUGCGCCCACCUAAUUUUUCCGCCGUUAGAAAUAUCACAACCACAACCUGUGCGACACACUGUACGCUGGACGACGUUACACCGCGGCAGCUCUGGACGACUAAAUCACGACAUUCGUCCCCCUCCAGCGGCUGCCGGUGUACCAGAGCACCACUGCCAAGGCGCAAUUUCCUUACUGGUACCGGUCAUAGCCAAUCCCCCCACGAUCCUGCGAGUUAUGCUUCGUUCCGCCCUGGCGCACAGCGCAUCAAGGAACUGCACCUCGUCUCACCUAGUAGAUGACGAGCGUCGAAUCCAUUUCGAAGAAUUUUUCCCCCAAGAAAGACCCCUCCGCGCCCGGCAACAACCUAGCUGAGAAACAAGCUGCCAUGUCCCCGAACCUGAUUGGUGCAGCAACUCGUGGCGCGACUAGCAGUAGUGCUUUGGCAGCAUCAUCUCCUCCGAACCCCUCCUCUCGCCGGAAGUCGUCUUCCGGAGGGAGCUCAUACCUUCCGGUCGGCAAAACCGAGGCAGAGACUGGAAUCACGACCAUGGUGACAGAGCAGGCCGUCGCGCGGGCUACGGCUGUGGGCGAGACUGCAGAUGCCAGCUCGCCACAAAAUGUACCCUACGAGGAUCUAGGGUUGGGGGGUGUUUAUGCCGCGGAAAAGCCGCUUAGCUUUCGCGCACGGUGCUGAGAAGAAGAUUUCUAUUUGAAGUUCUUUACCUCUAAGAACAUCAAACUCGUACAAUGCUUAUGCUUUCACAGGCAGUGUUAGUCGGGCAAGUAGUACCUACUAAGAUUGAUAGGCAGCUACUGUGAUCACAUAGAAAACCAAAUCGGUCGAAGUAGAAGCGCCCGAUCCACACCGGGACGAGCUGCCCUCCUGGGGUGUCUGUACUUUCUUUGCAGCAUCGUCUUAAAGGAGAAAAAAGGUUUUACAUGCGCAGCAUUCUUCGCGAUGAAUGACGCACGUUUAAAGGUACAUAAAGCAAAUUCUCAUCCAAAAACAAUUUCAGAUGGACGGGUGCGAUUUUCGGGGUUGUCCUGCUGGCUUUUCUGUUCGCCUACUACUGCCUCCGCAGCGGCAAGGAGCAAUGGGACUACGUCGUGGAGCCCCAUCGCCAACCGAAGGUCGACGAGCGAAAAUAUGCGUACAAGAUGUUUUCCAACGGGCUGCGGUUUGUGGGGAUCCAGGACAAAGAAUCGAAAAAAGCCGGCAUGGCGGUGCUCGUCAACGCCGGGAGCUUGCGGGACCCGGACGAGAGUCUGUAUUCCAUGACGAACACGAUCAACCCCACCAAGGGCAAAACCGCCAUCACCGGCGCCGCCGGGGAGACAGUGAACGGCAUCCCGGGCCUCGCGCACCUGAUCGAGCACACGGUGCUGAUCGGGAGUAAAAAGUACCCCGGGAAGACGGAGUGGGACGACUUUCAGGAGAAGUACCUGGGGGACAGCAACGCCUUCACCGGGGAGGACCGCACGGUCUACUACAUCGGGUUGGUCAACGACGGGCUGGAGGAGUGUAUGGACCGCGUGUCCGACUUCAUGUUUAACCCCACCUUCGGCGCCGCCACGGAAAUGAACGCGGUGGAAGCGGAGCACCAGAAAAACAUCCAGUCCCCCGGGUGGCGGAUCCAGGAGCUGAAGAACUACGUGUUCGACCCGAAGGGACUGGGCCGGUUCGGGACCGGGAACCUGCAGACCUUGAAACGGGACUCCAUCGUCGAAGACAUGAAGGUGUUCCACCAGCGCUACUACUACCCCGCGGACAUGACCAUGGUGACCAUUUCGCCGGAUUCCUUGGAGAAGCAACUGGAGCGCGCGGCCAAGUACUUCGGCAGGCAACCCGCGCCAUCGAACCCCUUCGUGGACCCCCGGCCGUAUGUCGUCCAGCCGGUGUAUGGAAGGUACUGACAGGGUUUACUACGCAAUAAAGUGUGUCUGUUUGUCAUGCGAAUUCGCAUUCGCACACAUCGCACAACCACAUACAUUCUACAUUCAUUUUCAUUGUUGGCAAAACAAACCGAGGUAUGUGCACAUGUUUGACGAGAACUCGCCGACUCCGCGCCUAAUCCUGAACUUUCCCGUCGAGAUGGACAUCACGCCCUACUAUCGGUCGGGCGUGGGUGCCUACCUGGGCCACCUGCUGAACUACGAGUCCAUGAAGAAGAAGCAGGGGUUGCAAGCGGAACUGCUGGACAAGGGGUGGAUUUUCGGGUCCGGUUUUGACAUCGGCGGCAGCAGUUACCUGACGACCAUUUCCUUCAGCGCGAGCUUGCGGCACCCCCAGUUCGCGGAGAAUGUGGUGAACGAGUUCUACCGGUACCUGCGAAUUGUGAAGAAGGAGAUCCACUUGGACGUGUACGAAUCGCUGCAAAAAUUGGACAACUUCUAUUGGGACUGGCGCAAGGACGACGGGGACCGCGCGGACCUGGCGACGGCGUACGCCGAGCUGCUCGUGGAGAACCACCCGCCGGAGGACCUGCUGAUGUCCGGGAUGAUGAAGAUGGACACGGAGUUUCUGCGGAAAAUGAUCAACAUGAUCAUUCCGGAGCGCAUGUCCGUGCUGAUCACGGAGAAGAGCGGCGCGCCCGACGGGAGCGCGGCGGAGGGGUGGGGGGUCAAGCAACUGCCCUACUACAACGUGCCCUACACCGAGGGCCUGUGGCGCGUGCAGUAUCUGAAGGACAUUCUCGCCGGCACGGACGCGGAGUCCGUGGCACAGGCACAGCAGAAGGACUUCGUGGAGUACACGCUACCCCCCGCGCUGAAACCGCCCCCCGUGAUUGACCACACGCCCGAGGACUUUUACCACCCCUUCACCAAGGAGCUGCCCUUCGGGCCCAGUCCCGAAAAGCUCGACGGCACCAUCUGGUACCGUUGGGGCAGCACGACCAAGGAGCCGAAUUUCAAAUUCUUUAUCCGCUUGUACGCUCGCAUCGACCGGGAUUUUCUGCUGGACGAUGACUUCGAGAAGCACGCCGUGUUUCGCCUGAUGUGGUCCCGGUUGCUUGCGCGAAAGCUCGGGCCCAUCCUGGAGCAGGCGGAGUCCUGUUCCUGCGUCGUGGACAAGGACGCGAGGUACAAAAACCUGAUGGGCGUCACGAUCCGUUUGGGCGGGUUCUACUCGGCCGCGUGCGACGAGAUUCUGAUGAAGGUGCUGGACACGCUGAUGAACCUGCGGGACCCCAGCGGCACGGUGCAGAACUCCGUCCGCGGCACGGAAAACGUGAGUCGCAUGGUCGAGGCACUGUACUUGGAUUUGACGGACCACACCUCGAAAAUGCCCUACAACUUCGCGCUGGGGGGGUUAGGCACGGUGGAGGGCGAGAAUGGUAUACAUAAAUAAUGUUGAAUGUGCUCUGUAAUUGUGAAAUGUUUGCUUGCAUCAAGCUCUUGAAACCUAAACUUCCAUUUUAUGCGGUGCUGGAUAACUACUAUGAGGCACACAUACGUGAUGUUGAUGCGCAAUGGUUCUUCUCGUCGAUCAAUCUCCUCUGUUUUGGAAGUGAGAUGCUACUUAUCCAAAAACCUGCCCGCCGCAGACAUCACAACGGAGUCGCUGGCGAGCACGGUGAAGGCCCUCCGGGACCAGAAGCUGGCGGAAAUGAAGCGGGAGCCCCUCCCGGAGGCGAACGGGUUGCUGAAGGUUGAGGACUACCUCCCCGCGAAAGACCAACCGCUACCGGACCACAUGCCCAAGCGGCCGCUGACCGCCGCGGAGAACAUGCAACUGGUGCCGAACUCGAAGAGUCUGAACAUCGACCCCACGAUAUCCUGAGUCAAAACGUACCCACACCAGAGUUGUAAUGCAAAUCUGCAUGCUGAAAAUGUUUCUCAUGCGGAGCCCCAUGAGAAGCAUUUUCUAAUCGUGUUUUGCAAUUUGUUAUGCUCCAAUCAGCAUGGUAUGCUAGAUCUGUGAUGCUGCUGAGCUAGCUCAAACAGCACUACACUACGAAUCCAAAUUUGUCAUGCAAAACAGCCAAAGCUUGUGGAUUUGUCUAGCCGAUUCCUCAUCUUGACUAUGGUGUGGGUACGUUUUUACUCAGGAUACACGAAGACCGACUCGAUCGCCAAAGUGGACGAGCUGGUCGCCCGCAUCCUGUACGACGAAAAUCUCCACGCCGAGGGCAUGGCGUUCGGGGGGAUCACCAAGGAGGACGCGCGCCGCCUGCGGGAUUUGAUCAUCAACAAGAUCAACGAGAAGCGGGACACGACGAAACUGACCAUCAAGUGGAACUCGAAGGAGAAUCCGAUCCCGUUUAAAAAGUCCACGCGGAUUUUGAACAAGCCGGUGGACCUGCAGAUGCACAACAAGCGGCUGGACGACACGAACGACGUUACUUUCGUGCGGAUCACGAAGCCCAGUAAAAAGGCCCAGUUCACCGGCCCGGACGGCACCGCCAUCAGCAGCAUGCACGAGAUCUUCAUUCACAAAAUGCUAGGCGUCAUGUUCUCCUCCUUCACGUUCAGCAGGUACUUACAAUGAUGAUGCAUAUAUACUUACAAAGAAAAUAAAGGCUGAUCAUUAACAUGAUUUUAAUAUUGCAAGCAAAUGCAAUUACAAGACCAAGAGCCAAGAGUUCUUGGAUUUCUGCUCUGGCAGCGUUUCUUCACUCACUACUUCCGUGAUCUUAUCAGGCUGCGCACGCUAGUUUUGGAGAAGCAGGGCAAGCAGCGGUACAUCGUAUUUGGCUCCGUCGGUUCGAAUGCCGGUACGAGUUUUGACGUUGACGUCCUCGUGCAGACCAACAAGGAGAACCUCGAGGAGGUGAAACAGGAGAUCGAGAAGCACAUCUACACCGAUUUCAAGGACUUUCUGACGAAGGAAGUCACCGAGAAGGAGUUCGAGACGCGGAAGAAGUCCAUCCUGUCCAAGCUGAACUCCAAGGCGGAUUCCUUCGGUUCCGAGUACGGACACUUCGCGGGCGCAUUAGACGUCCCGUACGGGGAGCCCACGGAGUGCAUCUUCCAAAUGCAGAAAGUGAAGCGGGAAGUGGUGCAGUCGCUGAAACUCGAGGAGGUGCGCGCGGCCUGGGACGAUUUUCUGGUGAAGGAAAAAACGAUGCGGAAGCAAGUGGUGCUCUACCAUGAUCUGAACAUGGAGCUGGACAAGAAGAAAACCGUCGCGGCCUACCAAGCGGCUAAGAAAAACUACGAAAACCUCGAUUGGAUGCCGCAAUUCGCCGCCUACCAAGAGUGCAUGGAGUCGUAG